UGUAAUAACUCGACAAUUUUUCGGCUAAAAAGUGUUCAAAAAUCGUACAAUUCGACAGUAUUUUAGGUUGACCUUCAUGCAGUUGCGAUGGUCAAACAAACUAUUCAAAUAUUUGUGAGAGUGAAGCCCACCAAGUCAAAGAAGGGGCUGUAUGAGAUUGAUGAAGAUUCACAAGAGAAUCCUAGGAUUUCCUUCACUGUUCCAAAGGAUCUUGCAAGUGGUUUAAUAAACAACAAGAAAGAAUCUUACAAAUUUAGAUUUGAAAAGAUCUUUGACCAGCAAACUCAACAGGAUGAAAUAUUUGAAUCAGUGGCCAGACCAGUCAUAGACAAUGUACUGGAAGGUUAUAAUGGCACAAUCUUUGCAUAUGGUCAGACUGGCAGUGGUAAAACCUUCACAAUUACGGGAGGUCCAGAAAAAUACAGUGAUAGAGGAAUCAUUCCAAGGAGUUUGUCGUAUAUAUUCCAGCAUUAUGAACAGAACUCAGAAUUGGAGUACACUACAUACGUCUCAUAUUUGGAAAUCUACAAUGACAGUGGAUAUGAUCUGCUGGAUCCAAAACAUGAAGCGGCAAAGUUGGAGGAUUUACCGAAAGUUGCCCUGAUGGAGGAUGCUGAUCAAAAUAUCCACUUAAAGAAUCUUUCCACCCACACUGCAGCAAGUGAAGAGGAUGCAUUGAACCUGCUCUUCCUUGGUGAUACAAACAGAAUGAUUGCUGAGACGCCAAUGAACCAAGCCUCCACACGGUCACAUUGUAUCUUCACCAUACACAUCAUGUCCAGGGAAACUGGUUCAGCCACAGUCAAAAGGUCAAAGUUGCAUUUAGUGGACUUGGCUGGAUCGGAGAGGGUUUCAAAAACUGGUGUAAAUGGGGUGCUAUUGACAGAGGCAAAGUACAUCAACUUGUCGCUACACUAUCUCGAACAAGUGAUCGUAGCUUUGGGGGAGAAGAAUCGACAACAUGUGCCAUACAGGAAUUCCAUGAUGACGUCAGUGCUGCGGGACAGCCUGGGUGGAAACUGUAUGACGACCAUGAUUGCAACAUGUUCAGUUGAGAAGAAAAAUAUUGAUGAGACUAUAUCAACGUGUCGGUUUGCCCAAAGAGUGGCGCUCAUCAAGAAUGAUGCCAUUCUGAACGAGGAGCUCGAUCCAAAGCUUUUGAUUUUGAAGCUGAAAAAAGAGAUUCAGGGUUUGAAAGAGGAAUUGUCCAUGGCAACAGGAGAACAGAGGAAUGAUGCUCUCACAGAGGAGGAACUCAAGUGGUGUGAGCAGAUUGUGAACCAGUAUAUUGAUGAUAAAGAUCCCGAAGCUGUAUUAUCUGUUGGUGCUGAUAUGAGAAAAAUACAACAAUGUUUUGGAAUUUUAAAGAGGCAUGUUGUGGAACGACCCCCUGCUGAGUCGAGUCCGUCCAAUCAACCACAAAGAGAUGUGCCAUUUGACAGAGAUGGUCCAUCCGUUUAUGAUGAUCAGGAAUCAAAGAAAUUAAAAGGACUGAUAUUACAGAGAGACAAUGAAAUUAGUAUCCUCGUGAAUAUGCUGAAGAAAGAGAAGAAACGUGCAGCAGACGCCAUAUCACAACUUGAAGCUGGUGGUCACGAUGGCAGAAGUCAUUCUGCCAGUGUCCCACGCCCUCCAAGCAGCCGAAACAUCCUUCUCAAUGGUAGUAGUAGUGAUCACCUAUCGAAACAAAAGCGGAGCAUGUCCGAGGAUCUUUCUAAUAAGGAACAGACACAACGGAGACCGCCGAGUGCCAGAUUUCAUAAAGACCCACCGAAAGACCAGCUUGAAGAAAAAACUAAAGCAAAAAUUUUGGGAGACCUAUCCCUUGGUCGCCAAGAAGCCUUCGAAAUCUUCCGGCGGGAUUACAAUGAGAACCAAUCGAUAGACGGCAACAAGGUCCUCCUGAAGCAGCGGUAUGGAGAGGCAAAGACUCUUGGGGAGAGGGUCAACAAAUCAAGAAGCAAUAUCAAUAAAGUUAAAGCACAAAUAGAGCAGCACCGGAUGUCCCUCAUGAUGCAGGGCCUAGUUGACCCAGAUAAUGCCGAGCCUGAUGAAAAGGAGCAACAGCUGAGACACCAGAUGGAAGAGGAUAAGGCCAUCUAUAAAGAAUCGUUCGCACGGCUGAGAGCCUUGAAAGCAGAGAUAGAACAUCUGCAACAUUUACUAGAAAAUCACAAGGUCAAACUGAUGAAAGAUUUUGAGAUUUGGUGGGCAGAACAGGCUGCUUCAGUGGAGGCUCAUCAGAAACAUGUCCACAAUAUGCCAGGGAAGACAAAAGCUGCGUGGAAGACACCACCAAUUACACCCCAGCUUGAGGGCCAGUCAAGACAGAGUUCAAUGUCUUCUGAGUCAUCCUCAAGCCUAGGGUACCAUCGGCCGCCAAUCCCAGCCCAUGUGAGACAGAGCAUAGGCCUGGGCUCAGCCAAGGCGUCAAACAAUUAUGAUAACCAUAGAGGGGAUUCUUCAAAGUCUAUGAGGAGUACAGGUGCCUCCUCUGAUAGUGCGUCCUCCAUCAACCUGACAGGAGAUCCACGAGCUGAUGCUGACAUCAUGGCAUUUGUCAAGGCAAGACAGAAUAUCCUCAAACAAGUGCAAGGCAACAGAUAGCGGCAUUGACAACUUCCCUUGGUCAUAGAACUUUUGAACUUUAUUGCCUUAGUCAGCUUCAUACAUGAUGAUUUAACUGUCUUCAAAAUGUGUGAAUAGGAU